CCACUAUCUCUCUGCCGCAGGUGCCUAGAGGCCUUGGGGAGUGAGUGAACAUCAGAGGAUCCUCAAAGACCAAGGCCUAAACCGUGCAUUUCAACUUUUCCAUUGUUCAGAGGCUGGUGGCGGCAGAGGUGGCAGCCGAGGUGUCUGAGCUACCCACACAGCUGUCACCGGGGACCGUGGAGCUGUCAGCACUGCUGUCUGGGGAGACGGCAGAGGUGACCGAGAUGACCCACGGCGAGGCCCUUGCUUCGUCGCUCUUCUUUCAGCACCACCAAUUCAUGUGCUCCGAGUGUGGCAGCCUCUACAACACACUGGAGGAAGUUCUCUCACACCAGGAGCAGCACACACCCGCCAUCUCUGAGGAGGAGGCCCCAAGCACGGAGGAUGCAGGCCUGGAGCCUGAGCUCGUGCCAGGCACAGAAGAGGAGGGGCCUUUCCAGUGUGGCGAAUGCAGCCAGAUCAUCUUGUCCCCCAGGGAGCUCCUGGCCCACCAGGAUGCCCACUUGCGGGAAUCCACCAGCCAGAUCCAGUACCAGUGCGGGGACUGUCAAGAGCUGUUCCCCUCCCCUGAGCUGUGGGUGGCACAUCGCAAGACCCAGCACUUGUCGGCAAUCGCAGUGGAGCCCCUGGUACCACCUCCACCCCCUGCACCUCCUGAAGUCAAAAUGGAGCCCUAUGAGUGUCCUGAGUGCUCUGCCCUCUGUGCCACGCCCGAGGAGUUCCUGGAGCAUCAGGGUACCCACUUUGACUCCUUAGAGAAAGAAGAACACAAUGGCUUGGAGGAGGAGGAGGAGGAUGAAGAUGAGGAUGAGGAAGGGGAGGAGGAAGCAGGGCCAGAGGUGGCUGAUGAUGCCCUGGCAGGUGGUGACGAGUCCACCUUUGGCCAGGCUGGGGGCUGUGGGGAUUGUCCCCAGCGUUUGUCAUCAGGGGCACGCCGGAGACACCGCCGGGCAUCUCGUGGCCCAGCAUCAGCCUCCCAUCCAUACCACUGCAGCCAGUGUCGGCGCAGCUUCAGUUCUGCCAACCGGCUGCUGGCUCAUGGGCGGGCGCAUGUUGGCGGCACACACGAGUGCCCGACCUGCUCCAAGGUCUUCAAGAAAGCUGCCUCACUGGAGCAGCACCUGCGGCUACACCGUGGCGAAGCCCGCUAUCUGUGCGUGGACUGCGGCCGUGGCUUCAGCACCGAGCUCACGCUGGUGGCUCACCGUCGGGCCCACACCGCCAACCCCUUGCACCGCUGUCGCUGUGGCAAGACCUUCAGCAACAUGACCAAGUUCCUCUAUCACCGGCGCACCCAUGCUGGCAAAAGUGGGGCACCUCCCACGACAGCCACAGCUCCCCCAGCUCCUGCUGAGCCCACACCCCCUCCACCUCCACCAGCACUGCCCGUCCAGCUGCCCUGCCCGCAGUGCUCCAAGUCCUUCGCCUCAGCCUCUCGGCUCUCCCGGCACCGGCGCACAGUACAUGGGCCCCCAGAGCGGCGGCACCGCUGUGGGGUCUGCGGCAAGGGCUUCAAGAAGCUGGUCCACGUGCGUAACCACCUGCGGACACACACGGGUGAGAGGCCCUUCCAGUGCCACUCUUGUGGCAAGACCUUUGCUUCUCUGGCCAACCUCAGCCGGCACCAGCUGACCCACACAGGCAUACGGCCCUACCAGUGCCUGGACUGCGGCAAGCGCUUCACACAGAGCUCCAACCUGCAGCAGCACCGGCGGCUGCACCUACGGCCAGUUGCCUUCGCCCGUGCCCCCCGCCUCCCCAUAACCGGUCUCUACCACAAGAGCCCCUACUACUGUGGCACCUGUGGCCGCUGGUUCCGAGCCAUGGCAGGCCUGCGACUGCAUCAGCGGGUCCACACCCGCGUGCGGACUGCCACACCACAGCCUCCCAGAUCACCGCCCCCAGCCCCAACACCGCCGCCUGAGCCCCAGCAGACCAUCAUGUGCACGGAGCUGGGGGAGACCAUUGCCAUCAUUGAAACAUCCCAGCCUCUGGCGCUGGAGGACACACUGCAGCUGUGCCAGGCUGCGCUGGGGGCCAGCGAAGCCAGCGGGCUGCUGCAGUUGGACACAGCUUUUGUGUAACUGCUGACAGACAACAGUAAGAGGCUAUGGUUGCAACAGUGAGUUGGGGGGGAAUUCUGGGGAAAAAGGACGACCCCUCUGGCACCCACUGUGUACCAUGCUCCACUUGGGCCUCCCAUACCCAGUGGCUCCUCUGAGCAGCCCUGUCAAGGUUUUGCCCACCUCUGCCGGAAAGGAAAGUGAGGUGAGGUGCCAGGCCCCAGGUCACCCCCACUGUGUGGCCAAGGCACAGCUUGCAUCACAGCACCCUGGCAUCCCACCCACAGCAUCAGAUAACCUCUGCUGAGCAUCAGCUGUGUGCCAGGUCUGCUGGGCCCCUUCCUGGACCUCUCCCGACGCUCCGUUGUUGCCCCAGCCCCCGCCUUCCGCAGAA